UAAUCAUUGACCCAGGAUUGUUACUCAUACGCAUCUUCUGCACACAAGUUCAGAAUAUACGAUAACUGAGUGAAUAUAAAUGGUGUGGUGCAUGAUUUGAUUCAACGUGUGUAAAAAGAGAAGAAAAGUAAAGUUGAUGGUAGUCUAGAGUAUCGGACGAUAGGUGGCAGAGAGUUCAUUCGUGACGCUUAAAAGAUGUCCGCCGAAGAGCCUUGGGGAAGUGGCGAUGACGAAAGCUACACAAACAGCUUCAGAUUUAGCGACAAUUUCAAGCCAACCGACAAUUUCCAAGACACGGAAAGCUACGUUGCUUCGCUAGAAGCAAAGCUAGCGAGGCUCAAGGGCAAAGGCCGGGAAGUCACAGCACGGGAAAUGCUCUCCGUCCUGGAACGAGCUCGGCAGGACCAAUCCGAGCGCUUGAUCAGCCCUGUUUUUGACUUUGAAAUCCAAGACACUUCUUUCCUACCAGGGGAAGAGUGCAGCGACGUUCCCCUAAGAACGACUUUCAUUGAGCGAAAGCUGUUCCCGGAACGGCAAGCAUUAACGCAGGAGGAAGUUCAGCACCUUCUCGAGGCCGAUUACCUAGGAAAAGCUACGACAGCUCUCAGCAGGGUGGAUUGUGAAAGUGGAAGCAUAUCCAGCGGCGACUCGGAGCCCAACAGAUGAUGCUUGAACAAAAUUGCACGAGUGUGGUGGUUAUGAGUGUCGAGAAAAUUGCAUUAUGUUGUGUUCAUUUCCCCAGGCUAUGUUGACCAGAAGUAAAUUAUUAUCGUCAGAGCAAAUAUUUUGAAGGUAUCAUUUGCUGCUUUAGUAUGGAGUGAAGUUUUUGCAAGUACAUUUGUCGGUACUUCUGUAGGCGACUCGAUUGGUGUUGUUGUCUUCCCAGUCCAAGAUCCUUCCAGUGAAUCCAUUGUCACCUUAUGCCAUUUUUAUUUAAUUUUGCAUUUAAACGCUGGCUGAGUAUUUGAGCAAGUGUGUGCAAACCAAUAUGAUCACCAAUAUAACUGAAUACUGUAUAAGUAGUAAUUUUUGUGAAAUUUGCGAGCGCUCUUCUCUUUGAGAAUUGAAAGUUCCACAAAAUAUUAGAAGUGAUGACAGAAGAAUACACGAACGAAAUAUGUAAUAAAUUUGACCCAGGACACCGAGGCACCUUAUGUACGCGGUCUCUUACGCUAUUAGUCACUGCAUUGCGUCACAAAGUGUUCAGUUCUUCUCCGCUGCAAGUGGAGACGGUAGUCCAGGCUUCACGAAUCCUGCAUGCAUGUCUGCGUCCCGCGAUUCCAGUUCCUUGUAAGCCUGGAUCAUCCAGCAAGCCACGUGGAUCGACCUUUGUAAAAGCUGCCACAUCAGUAUCGAGUGCCAAUCGUACCUGCUCCUUGCGGUGACAAGAAUGACGGGAGACAGGGCAAUUCGGCAAUGACCCAGAUACCAGCCGAGCAGGGACCCACUAAUCGCAGCCCUCUCAGUCAGAAGGGCUCAAAAUACCUUUGUGGUACCUUUUCUUAAAUUCUUCCUUGAAGUUCAAGGUGGGGGCCUCUGAGAUGCCUGAUACAGGGUUGACACACUGCAGUACUGAAGUACAGAAUCUAAGCACUGCAGUACAGAAUCUAAGGUUCUGAGAAUAAUUGCUUGAUCUUGGCUCCUCACAAAUUUGCCAGUUAUUGAGCUUGCAAAUUUAGCCACUUAUACAGUAUGCACAACAUGGAGAUGUCACUCGAAUUCCGUCAAAAACUCAGCCUGUAACACAUUUACUGCGUCUAAUGGAGAGACUUCCAGUGCUCCUUGUUCUCUGGAUGCCUAUAGCACUUUUCAGUUUCCUGUGGAAUACUGUCGGAGCCGGUGUGCAGUAAAGGAGCUGGAAUACAGUAUAGAAAUGGGCUGCAACAUUUCAAUAAAGUAACAUUUCAGAAGAAGAAGACAUUCCCAUUUACUCCUGCCCGGAAAGGGCGAGACUUUGCUGUCAUAAUGUCUCAAUGUGGACGCAAACAAAGAAGCAUGCAACACGUGAGAAGCUUGCAGACUCCUUUUAUGUCACCAUAAGGACUGCUAUGUCCUCUUGAUGGGACCUCCCCGGGUGCCCUCCGGAGAGGGGACGCCGGAUGUGAGGUUUUUUUCAGUGACUUUAGAGUUAAAAAUUUAUAAUGGUAAUAAUGCAACAAACUAGACUGCUCUGUGUUGGUACCUAUUAAUAAAAUGUGUUUAAAUUGUA